CGGCGGCGCCGGCCGUGACCCGCGGGCGGCAGCGCCGGCCCCGCCAUGACGGGCAAGUCGGUGCGGGACGUGGAGCGGUACCAGGCGGUGCUGGCCGGGCUGCUGGCCGAGGACGAGAACAAGUUCUGCGCCGACUGCCAGGCCAAAGGGCCACGAUGGGCCUCCUGGAAUAUCGGGGUGUUCAUCUGCAUCCGCUGUGCUGGGAUCCACAGGAACCUGGGAGUUCACAUAUCCAGGGUCAAAUCUGUCAACCUCGACCAGUGGACACAGGAGCAGAUCCAGUGUGUGCAGGAGAUGGGAAAUGGCAAAGCAAACCGGCUCUACGAAGCCUUCCUGCCCGAGAACUUCAGGAGACCUCAGACAGACCAAGCUGUGGAGAGUUUCAUCCGGGAUAAAUACGAGAAGAAGAAAUACAUGGACAGGAGCAUCGACAUCAGUGCAUUCAGGAAAGAAAAGGAUGACAAAUGGAAAAGGAGCAACGAGCCCGUGUCGGAAAGAAAACUGGAACCCAUCAUCUUUGAGAAGGUGAAAAUGCCUCAAAAGAAAGAAGAAAUGCAGCAGUCUAGAAAAAGUUCUCCUAAAUCUGAGCCAGUAAUGGACUUGCUGGGACUUGAUGCUCCCGUGACAACCCCUGUCACCAACGGCAGGCCCAGCAGCCUGGAGAAGGACCUGGACCUCUUUGCAUCAGUGGGAUCAAGCUCAGACUCCAGGAGGGUCCUUGGCUCGAUGCCAACCUCUGGAAGUGCUGGUUCUGUUCCCGAAAACCUGAACCUCUUCCCUGAGCCCGGAGGCAAAGGGGAGGAAGUGGGGAAGAAGCAGCUCUCCAAGGAUUCCAUCCUGUCCCUAUAUGGCUCCCAGACCCCCCAGCUGCCUGCCCAAGGCGCGAUGUUCAUGGCCCCGGCUCAGAUCCCGUAUCCCGCCGCCGCCUAUCCCAGUUUUCCGGGCGUGACCCCGUCCGGCAGCAUGAUGGGGGGUCUGCUGGCCCCCUCGGUGGGCAUGGUGGCCCAGCCCGGGGCCGGGGGCAUGGUGGCCCCCCUGGCCAUCCCAGCUGGCUACGUGGGCAGCGUGCAGGCGGCCGUGCUGGGCGUCCCCAACGGCGUCAUGGGCGCCCAGCAGGGCGGGUACGUGGCCGGGGUGGCGGCGGUGCCACAGCCCGUCUACGGGGUCCAGCCCGCCCAGCAGCUGCAGUGGAACAUUGCCCAGGUGACCCAGCAGAUGGCUGGGAUGAACUUCUACGGAGCCAACGGGAUGAUGGGCUAUGGACAGUCCAUGGGAGGAGGAGGAGCCCAGGGCAGCAACCAGUCCCUCAGCUCCCCGAUGUGGAAAUGAGCCCUCGCGUUGUGACCAUUUUUGCCUUCUGUUCUGUUCUUCAAACCUGCUCUCCAUGAGACAUUCAGGGUUUUUUCCUUUUUGGGGCUGCCCAGCCCCGGACCCUUCCACCCACCCCCCCCAGAGACCCAUCUCUGCCUUCUCACUGUCACACAGGGUGACACCUCCUCGGUGACCAGCCCAUGAGCUCCCCCGUCCCCAGCACAGUCAAUGCACAGUCAGGGGGGAUCCCCCUCCUUGCACAAACCUCCUCUGGGUAGCACUUGAUGUCCUGCUGGGCAGAGGUGGAAUCUCUCCUUUGUUCUGCCUGCUAAAGCCAGGCCUUGUCACUUAAAACUCCAGUGUUAGUAGGUUUGGGGUUAGUUAGAGGGGUGGGGAACCUCGUUUGGUGCUGAGGAACUGGAUUUCCCCCGAGCCCAGGGGCAAGCAAGACUUGCUACCUCCUCCCUUGAGCGAGUUCUCAGCUCUCUGACCCUCAUUGGAACCAAAGUCCUUGGGAAGCCCCCCCGUCCCUCCCCCCCUGAGCCAGCAGGAUUCUCGCCCGGUGUGGGGGCAAAGCCCAUGGAAUGUGAAACUUGCACUUCAGAGUGGCUUUUUCUGUCUGAUUGUUGGCAUUUGAUGUAUUUAAACUUUUAACAAUCUUAACUGAGAGUUAACUUAUCCGGGGCUCAGAGCCCACUGCGAGUUUUCUUACACUUUUAAAAAUGACUAUGACAUCCUAAUUUAUACUUUUUUCAUAUAUUUUUUGUUUGUUUGUUUGUUUUCUUUUUGGUUGUUGUUGUUUUUCCUGUGUAAUCCUUGGUCCCCUUUUCCUGGCUCGCUUUUUGGACAUUUUGAAUCUUAGGCAGGUUUUCUUUUCUCAUCUCCAGUAGAACACACAAACUGCUUCAAAGUCAUCAGCCCUGAGCAAGCAAGAGGUCAGACUGUGGUCUGCUUUCUCCUGUGGAUAUGUAAAUUCCCAAAUAAAACAUUGCAGUGAAAUCUC